CAUCCAUAUAUGACCACAGGAAAAACCAUAGCCUUGACUAGAUGGACCUUUGUUGGCAAAGUAAUGUCUCUGCUUUUGAAUAUGCUAUCUAGGUUGGUCAUAACUUUCCUUCCAAGGAGUAAGUUCUUUAUAUAGAGGAUGUGAAAAACUGGAAAGAUGUCUAUCUCAAGAUGGAUUAAAAAACGUCAGAAAAUACAACAGAGGUGGUAGGUGUCAAAUUAUAGAUAUCACACAAUUUGGGAGACUUUCCUGAAAUACAAAGCCUUGUUGCACAGCCGGUACUCCCUAAAAUUUCCCAGAACAAACACCUGCGUGUACUCACUCCUGCUGUUAGCUUCUCAACUGUCCCCACUCUACUCUGACCUCAAAUGUUAGGCUGAGGACAGCUAGGAGAGAGGGGCGUGGUGGGCUACAGUCCAUGUGGGUCACAAAGAGACAGGACUAGCGACUAAAUAACAGCUUGUGCCAGUCGAGGGGUGAAAACCGCACACAAGGACAGUAUCUGCGAGGCUCCCAAGUGGGACACCUAGACCAGGCUCGGUCAGAUUCGCUCAAAGACAUGCGCGCCUGGGGGUGCAACGCCCAUAGUCUAGGUGCUAGAAGCCUCGGGUCCCAGGAUCCUGAGCUGUGUGACUCGGCGCUCACCACCCGGCAGGCUUUGCGACCCCGCGCAUGCGCCCUAAGACGUAGUGGCGACGCCAGUGGAGAAUCUUCGCUUGUCGUCGUCGUCGUCGUGGAGUUAAGGCAGCAACGGUGUUUUCCCGCGCUUUUCUUGGGAGUCUCAGGUUAGAUUUUAAAAACAAUUUUUUAAUUAAUCUUGUUAGUAUUUUCUUUUGAGAGCGCUGCGAGUUUGAAGUUUCCGUGUGUCUAAUCUUCAAAACUUGGUUCUCGCUAAAUUGGACGGCUCACUAAAUUGACUCUUUCCCCGACCUUGUGGAAAAUUUUGAACUAGCUGCACCUCUUGCUCUGCCUGGUGCAGGUCCCCUGGAGAAGGGAAUGGCCACCCACUCCAGUAUUUUUGUCUGGGAAAUCCCAUGGACAGAGGAGCUUGGCGGUUGCAAAGAGCUGGACAAGACUGAGCAACUAGCACUGGCUCUGCCUGGUAAGGGACUCAAGUUCCGAACUGUUUCCAGCUCUUCUGCUUCCCGUCUGCACUCUACCCUGCUGGAGCGACGAAGGCCUUGUAACUGCGGCCGCCGGGUACCUGUGGAGACUCCUUCAGCAGGGACAUUUGGGGUAAAACGGAGCGUGUCGGAGCGUCCUUGUCCUACCGCUGUGACCCAGGCAACUGUCUUGACAGAAUUUAUCCGUUUCUAAAUGUGACCAUCUUCCCUUGGUGUAUAAUUGGUGUGUCACUAUUGUUUUAUACAAAGUGUUAGCCGCUCAGUCGUGUCUGACUCUGCAACCCCUUGGACAGUAGGCCCACCAAGCUCCUGUGUCUGUGGAAUUCCCCAGGCAAGAAUACUGGAGUGGGUAGCCAUUCCCUUCUCCGGGGGAUCUUCCCGACCGAGGGGUCAAACGCGGGUCUCCUGCAUUGCAGGCAGAUUCUUUACUGUCUGAGGCACAAGAAAAGACCUAUUUUAUACAAUAAUGGCUAAUUUUGAUAUGUUCAGGAUAUUGCUGCCUAGUUGAAAAAUAAUGAAAUAGAAGCAUAGCAUUGAAUAGUAUUUACAUUAAUAGGUGAGUUGUUUAAUUGGUGAUAAAGUUUGCUUUUAUAUAGAUUUUCAGGCUUCAUCAUGUCAACUACUUGAAUGAAUUAGGUUAGUUUCUAUUUAAUAGUAUAGGUUACUAGUCAAGGCAACACAGUUAAACAAUCUGAGGAAUUAGCAUAUAUGAAAACCUAAAAAUGUAACUUAAAAUACUUUGUAUUGAAGAAUGGCUAAAAUUAGUGCCUGGACUUUUUAUAUCUGCCAAGUGUGAGAAGUGAUACUAAAAUAUUCUAGCAAACUAUGAAUGGGUAAUACAUUUGGAUUUUUGUUUAGGUAUUGAGAAAUGGCAAAAAGCACUAAUUUAAUUUUUAUCUGUACUUUGUAAAUGUUCCUAAACCUUUUUUUUUUUUUUGCAUGAACAUAUUAUUUUUAACUUAUAAGUGAGAUGUGGAACUACCUGUGUCUUUAACUUUUUCGUUAAAAAAUUUUUUCAUGGCCUUAGCAGUGGUUUGCACAAAGAAGGAGCACAAUAUUGUUGGGUGGCUGAAAUCAAUAUUAUAUAUUGAUUGUAAUACAAAAGCAUAAUAAAAGGAUUCUUUUCAGCAUCUGGAGACUUUAUUAUCUAUUAUGUCUUUGUGUGAAGACAUGCUGCUUUGUAAUUAUCGCAAGUGUCGUGUCAAACUCUCUGGUUAUGCAUGGGUCACUGCCUGCUCUCAUAUAUUCUGUGAUCAGCAUGGUAGUGGUGAGUUUAGUCGUUCACCAGCUAUCUGCCCUGCCUGCAACAGUACUCUUUCUGGAAAGCUAGAUAUUGUCCGCACAGAACUCAGUCCGUCAGAGGAAUAUAAAGCCAUGGUAUUGGCGGGACUUCGACCAGAGAUUGUGUUGGACAUCAGCUCCCGAGCGCUGGCCUUCUGGACAUACCAGGUACACCAGGAGCGUCUCUAUCAAGAAUACAAUUUCAGCAAGGCAGAGGGCCAUCUGAAACAGAUGGAGAAGAUAUAUACUCAGCAAAUACAGAGCAAGGAUGUAGAAUUGACCUCUAUGAAAGGGGAGGUUACCUCCAUGAAGAAAGUGCUAGAAGAAUAUAAGAAAAAGUUCAGUGACAUUUCUGAGAAACUUAUGGAGCGAAAUCGCCAGUAUCAAAAGCUCCAAGGCCUCUAUGAUAGCCUUAGGCUACGAAAUAUCACUAUUGCUAACCAAGAUAGUACUCUUGAACCAUCUAUGAUUGCACAGUCUGGUGUUUUUGGUUUCCCAUUAGGGAACAACUCCAAGUUUCCUUUGGACAGUACACCAGUUCGAAAUCGGGGUGGUGGAGAUGGAGAUUUUCAGUUCAGACCAUUUUUUGUGGGUUCUCCGACAGCACCUGAACCUGCCAACAGCUUUUUUAGUUUUGCCUCCCCAAAUAAUGAAUUAGAGCAGCAGCCAGUCUCUAGCAGGGCUUUUAAAGUAAAAAGAAUUUAGUUGACCUCACAGAAUUUUCUCUGUUCUCUUUCAGUGAUUUCAUUUAGUAAAUAAUCUUUGUUUUAUAUAGGAGUCACCAGCCUUUUGUGUUUGUACUGAGUCUUCAAAAUUGUCUUCACGUUUCCAACUUAUAAGAGAUUAAAUGGCAGUGGGUGGGGGGUGGCUUCAGGUUUCCUUUUCAGUUUCUUUUAUUUGAGGCAUAAGCAUUUUAAACUCAAUUUUAGGGUGAACUGUUGAGUUUUCACUGGUAGCAAAAAGCUUACAAUAUUUUUGGGUGUUUGUAGAUCACUGUUUGUUUAUGUUUGAGCUAUUUCUGGCUGAGCCAUAUGUUUAAGUAUACUGUAUAAGCAUCUCUGUUUUAUGUCUACAUGUCAGUUUGGGUUCUGGUGUACAUAUGUUCCUUUACAUUUUUUUUUGUUGUCAUAUUUGACAGUAUGUUUAUGUGAACAUUUUGGUUUCAGGAGUGAGUGAGCCUGUAGCUUGUUAUUUGGAAACAUAAAUUUAUUUGUAUAUACUUAAUGUAUUUGUCCAUGUAUGAACUUGAUUGGAGGUGUCAUAUCAUUGAAUGAAGGUACAAUUUGAUGCAUGUAUGUUUAGUUCCUAUUUCUAUUUAAGAGUAAUUCACAUUGAUAAAGUUAUGUUGAAAGUUGACUUUUUGACAUUUAAGAUAAAAUUACUUCUUUUUUGCUAGCUGUUGCCCUGGAUCUACUUAUUUAGGAAUGUACUUCUACUGCAGAAAACUUGUCAAUAUGUUGUUGAUCUCAAGAUUAUAGUAAUUAAAAUACUUUUAAUGAUUUA